UCAACAUGUCUAAAAGCCGUCAAUCUCGUUUUUUAAUCCAAUUUUGUCGGUGUUUAUAGUAAAUUUAUGAUUUUACGUACAUUUUCGCCUAUAUUUAGUGUUCCCCCAUUUUUUUUCAAACAUUUCAUCAUAUAAUUAUUUAUCUUUUUCUUAGUAGAAUUAGCCAUCCCUUUCCAUGGACAGAAGGCUGCUGCCGGCGACCACCCUCCGCCUCUUCAACAGGCGUUUUAACUCCACCGUCUCCACGGCUACCGUUUUACAGACCCUAAAACCCGAACCAGCAGCUUUGACGAUCGUCAACCUCGAUGAUCACCGGAAGCUUUUCGCUUCGGUUUCGACGUCGAAGCUGCUACGUUCAUCGAUCAACCUUGGGUUGGCCUCUAACGAGACGUUCGUUGAUUUCGGAAUGUGGGUUAUGAAUUCUAGGCUUAUGGAAACCAGUUUGGUACGUGAUGUUAUAUUGAAGACCGUGAAACACACGAUGUUCGAACAUUUUUGCGCCGGCGAGACGACGGAGGAGGCGGGGGAAUGCGUGAGGAAAAUCCACGACGCUGGCCUAAGAGGGAUGCUUGUAUACGCCGUCGAACACACCGGUGAUAACACCGGUUGUGAUCGGAAUUUGGAAGGGUUUCUUCGUUGUGUUGAAUUCUCCAAGUCCCUCCCACCUUCUUCUGUAAGUUUCCUCAUUGCAAAGAUUACAGCAAUAUGUCCCAUCGGCCUUCUUAGAAGAGUUAGCGACUUGCUGAGAUGGCAAUACAAAGACCCUUCUUUCAACCUUCCAUGGAAGCUCCACACUCUCCCAAUUUUCUCCACUUCAAGUCCUCUUUACCACACUCUUCAGAAGCCUCCACCACUAACUCCAGAAGAAGAGCUUGACCUCGAACUGGCUCACCGAAGACUCCAAAAACUCUGCCAAAAAUGCGUACAAGAAAGCGUACCUCUAUUAAUCGAUGCCGAGUACACGUCCUUGCAACCCGCCAUCGAUUACUUCACUUACUCUUCGGCCAUCAAGCACAACCAAGACGGUAACCCUAUCGUUUACGGCACGGUCCAAGCUUACUUGAAAGAUGCGAAAGAGAGGUUGUUUAUGGCAUCCAAAGCUGCUGAAAAACUAGGAGUUCCGAUGGGGUUCAAGCUAGUAAGAGGCGCUUACAUGUCGAGCGAAACCGAAUCGGCUUCUUCGUUAGGCUAUGAUUCCCCUAUUCAUAAUAGCAUCGACGAGACUCAUGCGUGUUACAACGAUUGUGCUGGUUUCCUGCUCGAAAGGAUUGCUAAUGGCAAUGAUGCAGUCGUCUUUGCAACUCAUAAUAUCGAUUCAGGGAAGCUGGCGGCAUGUAGAGCAAGAAAUUUGGGGAUUCAGAAAGGGAAUCGGAGGCUUGAAUUUGCACAGUUAUAUGGAAUGUCGGAAGCACUUUCGUUUGGGUUGAGAAAUGCAGGCUUUCAAGUAAGCAAGUAUUUGCCAUAUGGACCUGUGGAUAUGGUAAUGCCUUAUCUUUUAAGGAGGGCUGAAGAGAAUAGAGGAUUGCUAUCUACUUCAAAUAUUGAUAGAGUACUCAUGUGGAAAGAGCUGAAGAGAAGAAUAAAGAGCCUGGAAUUUGGUUCUCGAUAUGAUUCAAAAAUAUGAAAACCCAGCUUAUUCCAGACCUCCUAUGGCGUUUUUGCUGAUAAAUUGUGAAGAGAUCUCUAGAUUUUUCACUUUUGUCUUUGUUUUAAAUGUUUAAUUUGUUAAGUUUCCAAUUUUGCCCCUGUUUCUCCUGCUGAUUUUUCUUACCCAACCGUCCAGCCCAUAUAAUUUGGGCCUAAUAGCCUUUUAAAUCCCUCCACUUUAGUCACUUAAGCUAUUUAAUCACAAUUUAACAAAUUUUACACUAUUCCCAAUUUAGUCCUUUUUAGUUAAUUAACUAUCCAAACGUUAAAAUUUUCUAACGAAACUUUAAUACCAACUCAAUGACACUCUA